GCAAGAACAUCUCCCACCAAUUCGACCGUGCCGCACCACCGCCACCGCCCGCAUCCUCGGCACCACCGCCACCGCCAUCGCCAUCGAUUACGUGCUCGUCCGGCGAUCCCUUCCUCGUCAAUUCGAUCCCCCAAUGCGCGCGCGAACGAGACGAUCGACCCCCGCAUUUUCUCUUUUUUUGAUCUGAGGCCCGCGCGACCCGCAGCGGCGUUCGCUAGGGCGCUCCAAGAAUUGGGCUCCCCGCCGGAGACAGACGGAUAGAUGUCCGGGUUCGUGGGGGUCGUCGUCUCCGACCCCUCCUUGCAGGGCCACUUCACGCAGGUCGAGCUCCGAUCGCUCAAGGCCAAGUUUGUGUCCCUGAAGAGGGAGUCCGGCCAUGUCACGGCCAAGAACCUGCCGGGCCUGAUGAAGAAGCUGAAGGGGCUCAACGAGGUUGUCUCCGAGGAGGAGAUUGCUGCGUUCUUGUCGGAGGUUUACCCCGACAGCGACCAGGAGAUUGAGUUCGAGCAAUUCCUUCAGGAGUACCUGAACCUGGAGGCGAGGGUGAGCUCCAAGGCGGGCGCGAGCGGGAGCAAGAACUCGUGGUCGUUCCUCAAGUCGAGCACCACCACGCUGAUCCACAACCCCAACCAGGCAGAGAAGUCGUCCUACGUCGCGCACAUCAACGCGUACCUCGGCAACGAUCCUUUCCUGAAGAAGUAUUUGCCGAUGGAUCCUGCGGGCAAUGAUUUGUUCGACCUCGUCAGAGACGGGGUUGUGCUCUGUAAGUUGAUCAACGUAGCGGUACCGGGGACUAUUGAUGAGAGAGCCAUCAACAAGAAAAGGAUCCUUAACCCAUGGGAGAGAAAUGAGAAUCAUACAUUGUGCCUCAACUCUGCAAAGGCUAUUGGAUGUACCGUCGUGAAUCUUGGCGCUCAAGACUUGGUGGAAGGAAGGACUCAUCUAGUUCUCGGAUUGAUAUCUCAAAUUAUUAAGAUACAACUUUUGGCUGAUCUAAAUCUUAAGAAGACACCACAGCUGGUGGAAAUUUUUGAUGACAGCAAGGAUAUAGAUGAAGUUCUGAGCUUAUCACCUGAAAAGUUGCUGCUUCAGUGGAUGAAUUAUCAUCUGAAGAGAGUUGAUUACAAGAAAACUGUCAGCAACUUCUCUUCAGAUGUCAAGGAUGGUGAAGCCUACGCCUAUCUUAUCAAAGCUCUUGCUCCAGAGCAUUCCUCUGUACUUACAUUUGAGACCAAGGAUCCUGCCGUAAGAGCGAAAUUGGUACUUAACCAAGCAGAGAAAUUGGGCUGCAAAAGAUACUUGAGCCCAAAGGAUAUUACCGAGGGCUCCCCAAAUCUUAACCUUGCAUUUGUUGCACAAAUAUUCCAGCAUAGAAAUGGCUUGAGUACUGACACCAGACAGGUUAAACUCACACAAACAUCAUCGCAAGAUGAGGUUAUAUUGUGCCGAGAAGAGAGAGCCUUCCGAAUGUGGAUCAACAGCCUUGGAGUUGCGACAUACGUGAACAAUGUGUUUGAAGAUGUUCGAACUGGGUGGGUCCUACUAGAAGUGCUCGACAAAGUCUCUCCAGGAUCUGUCAACUGGAAGCUAGCGACAAAACCUCCAAUAAAAAUGCCAUUUAGAAAACUGGAGAAUUGUAAUCAAGUUAUAAAAAUUGGGAAGGAGCUGAAGUUUUCCUUGGUGAAUUUAGCUGGAAAUGAUAUUGUUCAGGGAAACAAGAAGUUGAUUGUUGCACUUCUAUGGCAAUUGAUGAGAUUCAAUAUCCUCCAGCUGUUAAACAAACUAAGAUUCCACUCUCAAGGGUCUCAAGGAAAAGAAAUAACCGAUGCCGAUAUCUUGAGUUGGGCGAAUAACAAAGUGAAGUCUUCUGGGAGAAAUUCUCGAAUGGAAAGUUUUAAGGACAAGAACCUAUCAAGUGGAAUUUUUUUCCUUGAGCUUCUCAGUGCUGUACUGCCAAGGGUUGUGAACUGGAAGGUUGUAUCGAAGGGUGUAGAUGAUGAUGAGAAGAAAUUAAAUGCAACAUACAUCAUCAGUGUCGCGCGGAAGCUCGGGUGCUCUGUUUUUCUGUUACCAGACGACAUCAUUGAGGUGAAUCAGAAAAUGAUCCUUACAUUGACUGCUAGCAUCAUGUACUGGAGCCUGCAAAAACCACAGCAGCCUGAAACAUCGGAACAGUCAGAAUCAUCUUGUGCGGCUUCAGAUGCUGCUUCCGAUAUCGCCUCAGAGGAUUCCGCUUCGAUAGUGGCACCAUCGGAAGGAGAAGAGGUGAAUUCAUUGCCUGAUGGAGGGUCCAGCAUGCCAUCGGAUGAUACUAGUACUUCAGAGGCUCCUGUUUGAAUUCUUUGCCUGAUAGUCCAACUCCAACUUAACCACAAUUGACAAUAUUUCAGACAUCGGGACGAUGUGCGAUCAUGACAACAGAAUGAUGAUUUAGAAUAGUACUUUCCCUCUAUUUUUGUUUUUCUGUCUCAUGCACAGAAUAGAUCUGAGCAAAUUUGUUAUUUUUAUUUGUAUAGUUUUCUUACUGAGUGCACAUAAAACAAUGCACUGUAUAGGAUUAAACUGAAUAUAGGCUGUAUU